UCCUAGUUCCUUCAACCAAGUAGCAAGUAAAUUUGUAUAAAUAGCUAGCGUUCUCUGCACAUAGCUAAAAGAUGCAACGAAUCUUGAGAUACGACCAAAAAACAACAAUUUAACAACGUUCUCUGCUUCUGUAUCCUCCCUUCAGACCAUGAACACCACCAGUUCAUGCGAAUCAGCAAAGCUUCAUCAACCCUCUGCAGCUGAUGAGGGAGAGGCGCAACAAACCCACCAAUCUUGUUCAUCUUCAUCAAUUCCAGCAGCAUCCGACGCCAGUGCCGUGAAAUGGGGAACCUACAUCAUGGGUCCACCAGUCGAUCCCUCAUCUCACCCCGACAACAAGAAGGCUGCCUUAUGGAAGGCCGAAGACUACCAGCAGAAGCCCCACCCCUACCUCCAGUAUUCCCCCGUUGAUAAGCCCAGCAAUAAUUCCUUGGAACCUGUCAUCCAUCUCUUCAAUUCCUGGAGCAGGCGGGCAGAGACAUUAGCGCGAAAUAUCUGGCAAAACAUUAAAAUGGGACAGUCCGUGUCAGGGGCUGCAUGGGCCAAGGUUAACCUGACUGCCAAGGCAAUAACAGAAGGUGGCUUCGAAUCCCUCUACAAGCAGACUUUCACCAAUGAUCCCAACGAGAAACUAAAGAAGACUUUCGCCUGCUAUCUGUCAACCUCCACUGGUCCCGUCGCUGGAACACUUUAUCUCACAAAUGUCAAUAUCGCUUUCUGCAGUGAUCGUCCCCUUUCCUUCACUGCACCUUCAGGCCAGGAAGCUUGGAGUUACUACAAGGUUAUGGUACCUUGGGUGAAGAUUAGCACCAUUAACCCCAUCAGCAUGGUAGAAAAUCCAUCGGAGAAGUACAUCCAGGUCAUCACGGUUGACGUUCACGAGUUCUGGUUCAUGGGUUUCGUCAACCAUGAAAAAGCAACCCGUCAUCUCUCGAAUACUUUAUCAGAAUUCUCCACAUCACAGAGAGCAGUGCAGCCAACAGUUCGAUAAUCCAUAUAAAUGACCAUCUUUUCUAUCAUGUUCUCGCGUGAGAAGGGUCUUUCUUCUCUGUUUUCCUUUAUUUUUACAGUUUUCCUUGUGGCUGUUUAUACGUUUUUUGUUCGCUGAAAUGUAUUUGUUUAUACUUGAUGCUGGUCUGUUUAGUUUGUGCGAUAAUAAUAAUUUUCUUUACUGUUGUUAGAUUGUAAUGACAAGAACCUGCUCACUAAGCUUAAUUCCUAAAGGUCCUCUUAUCUUGUUCC